AUGCCUCGCAAAACAAGCCGUUCAAGCCGUUCAGCUCCAGUUAGGGCACCAAGUCAAAAGCGUCAAGCUUCCACGUUACCUGUUCGUUCAACACCAACACCGACUUCUCAAACAAAAUCUCAGUCUAGCAAUGUUCCAGCAGUUCCUCCAAACUCACAAGCAGUUCCUGCUGUAAAACAACCUAGUUUGUUAGGACAGGUGGCUUCAACUGCAGCUGGUGUUGCUAUCGGGCAUAAUAUUGGUCAUGGAAUCUCUUCUCUUUUCUCAGGUGGUAGUUCGGCUGAACCACCAGCACAGGAUACUCAAUCACAAUAUUCACCCCAAACUCAAUACGAACAACGAUCUUUUCAAGUUGAUGACCAGUCCACUGGUGAUAGAACGUGUGAACGAGAUGCAAAGGCUUUAUCUAAAUGUUUAGAACAAAAUAAUUAUAAUACCAAUUUAUGCCAAUGGUACCUAGAAAAUCUUAAGGCCUGUCAACAAAUGGCAUCACAAUUUUAG